CAUUAGAUAAAAAGGAAAGCCCUUCUCAGCAGUAGCGCAGAACACCGAAGUCGUUUUUUUAUUUGAAUAAGUUGUCAAAAGAAGCGCAAGUGAAGUUUAUAGAUACCGGUCUUUUAUUGUUUGCGCUGAUCUGUUCCUGGUCUCCCUUUCUGAUGCAGUAUAUUCGUUGACAGUUUCUGGUGCAUUAAAUCGACACUAAGACAAUGGAGAAUGGGCAAAGCCGUCUCCGUCAGGCCCAGGAGGAUGUGGAGGAAGUGAAGAUUAUCAUGUUGGACAACCUGAACAAGACUGAAGAGCGAUCAGGAAAACUAGGGGAGCUGGAUAACAGAGCUGAGCAGCUACUGCAGAAGAGCAAAGGGUUCUCAAGGACCGCGACUAAGGUGAAACAGAAGAAACGUUGGGAGAAUAUUAAAUAUAAAGUGAUAAUUGGAGUUGUAGUGGUCCUCAUCAUAAUUGUGUCUGUGGUUGUGACUGUGAUAUUACAAACGCAAUGAAGGACCAUACCCACACAAGAACCAAAAGCACAAAUAGAUGGCUAGAAGAUCAGACGAAGAGGAUGAGUGAACAUUAAGGUUUUCUUAAAAUGGCUCAAGGUAUCAGAUUAUUUGAGAGUCUUACUUCAAACGAUGUACAACUGAAAUUUGUGAUGCUGGGUGAUACAUAAUGGUACCAUGGAGUUACCAGCAUUUAUACGUACCUUUUCAUUUUACAAUGGAAACACCCAUAUGUGGCACUAAUGGUAACCGCCUGCAUGCAUUCCUUUUGGACUAAACAGAUUUGAAUCAUAAAUCUGGGGAACAAAUGGCGAUGUGGGACAUAUUUAAAGUGUGUCAGAAAUAUAAAAUGUAACUGUUUGGAAUGUGUAGAGCAUUGUUUCUCAACCUGAGUCCUUCAGCUCAUUAGCUCAUUAGUUUAGGGCUCCACGGCAUAAAUUGGGUAUAAUUAAUAAUGAGACAUCCAAAAUUUGCAAUGUUGGGUGGCCUCCAGGUCCAGGUUUGAGGAACACUGGUGUAGAGCACAUGCUUGUAUUACUUCCGUUAAAAAAACAACUGAAAAUGUAUCUUCUUCAUAACAAACGUUCUUGAUUCUGUUCAUAAUCAAACAAGAGUGUGUAUAAUUAACUAUAAUGAAGUGUUGGUGUUUUCUCCUAUCAGUUUCAUUGGAAAAGAUUGUAACUUGUGACAUUAGGCAGUACAACUGUAUAUUAAUACCAACAGUGUGUGUGUGUGUGUGUGUGUGUGUGUGUGUGUGUGUGUGUGUGUGUGUGUGUGUGUGUAUGUGUGUGUGUGUUUUCUUAUACAUUUGAAUUUUGUUCCAAACUUUUUUAAGGGUUUCACCGGCAAUUUAUUUUCUACAAUCAGGGCCGUGACCACAAUAGACAUUGAGGGGGACAUGUCCCCCAAAUAUUCAGAUUAAUGGCCAAUCAAUGGGUUUUUCAAUUACCAGUUCUUAAAAUGUUACAUGUGAUUCCCUCAAACCUGAAUAUUUGAUUACAUCCUUGUCCAUUAUCAAUGUAAAAAAAGUUUAAUGAUAGUCACAGUAGUGGUUUUAAGUUGUCCUACUGUAACUUGAGUUUCAACUAGAGAUUAUCAUGUCAGUGCUGCAAAAACAGCUCUCUCUGACUGUAAUCUAAAUUGUAUGGUUCUUAUGUAAAAAUAUAAU